ACGUCAGCGUCACUUUGCCUAUUUUGCUUUGCUCUUUGGUUCGCGUUAUUUUUAGGCCGCCUAAUAGAAUUUUUUCACAACGCUAGCGCGCCAAAUGCUUUUCUGUCUAAAAUAGAAUCGAAAUUUUAUCAAAACACGCACUUUACACUUAUAAAACAAAAUUCACACGCAGCGCUACCAACAAAUUUAAGUGUAUACAAAUAAGCGAGGCGGGGCCGUAAUGAGGCUUUUAUAUGUCUUCGCAUUGAUACUGGCCGUGCGGCUGGCGUCGGUUUUUGUGGUCAAAACCUAUUAUGUGCCGGACGAAUACUGGCAGAGUCUCGAGGUGGCUCACAAACUGACAUUUGGCUAUGGCUACCUGACCUGGGAAUGGGUAAGAGGCAUCCGCAGUUAUGUCUAUCCCCUGAUCAUCGCCGCCAUCUAUAAAGUGUUGGCCCUGCUCCAGUUGGACAGUGCUCAGUUGUUGGUGCUGCUGCCACGCCUACUCCAGGCGACGCUAUCCGCCUAUUCGGAUUAUCGUUUCUAUGUGUGGACGGGCAAACGUAAAUGGGCCCUGUUUCUGAUCCUGGUGCCCUGGUUCUGGUUCUAUACGGGCUCGCGCACGCUGGCCAACACGCUGGAGGCUUCCUUGACCACGAUUGCUCUUAGCUACUUUCCCUGGUUUGGUGAGGGCAGCGCCUAUUUGUGGCCGGCUGCUAUCUGCUGCUUCCUGCGUCCCACAGCAGCUGUUAUUUGGCUGCCAUUGGCACUCUAUCAUCUGCGCAACAGUCGCUUGUCUGCCGUGGAGCUAAUCCUCAAGCGUUUCGUUGUCAUUGGUUUACUUGUGGCUGGUGUUGGCAUUGCCAUAGACACCUAUUGGCAUGGUCAACUGAUUGUGACGCCGUGGGAGUUCCUCAAGUACAAUGUGCUGCACAACAUUGGCAGCUUUUACGGCUCGCAUCCAUGGUACUGGUACUUCACUGUUGGUCUGCCCACAGUGCUGGGCAUCAAUACGCUGCCAUUUAUCUUUGGCAUCAUGCAAACCGUGCGCAAAAGCGAUAGGUUUCCGGUCAGCAAACAGUUGCUGAUCAGCAUAUUGGUCACCUUGCUGGUCCUGAGCACCGUGGAGCACAAGGAGUUCCGUUUCGUCUCGUCCCUGCUGCCGUUGUGUUUGUAUGUCUCGGCGGAGGCACUCUCCCGCUGGAGCUAUCGUGCAUCUCGCACGCAACUGUGGGCAGCUGCUUUGAUCAUACUGAUGGGCAACGUUGUGCCCGCUUGGUACCUGAGCACUGUGCACCAGAAGGGACCCAUUGAGCUGAUGCCCAAGCUGCGAGACAUUGCCCACGAUUAUCGCGAUGAACGCGAGCAUCGCGCCAAUAUACUCUUCCUGAUGCCCUGCCACUCGACGCCUUAUUACAGCCACAUUCACGAGAAUGUCACAAUGCGCUUCCUGACCUGCGAGCCCAAUCUGGAGCAGCGGGAUAAUUUUAAAGAUGAGGCCGAUCGGUUCUUUGAUGCACCCAUGCACUGGAUACGCUCUCAUAUUCCAGUGCAUCCGCGCACUGCGCUGCCCUCGCAUGUGGUGCUCUUUGACACGCUGGGGGAGAGGAUUAGCGAAUUUCUGACUAACUAUAAGCUGCUGCAUAGCAUUGAACAUGCCGAGGUAAACAAACUGAUCGACUCGCAGGCAUUGCUCGACGAUUGGUCGGCAACGGCGUUGGGAGCGAAGCUGCCUAACCUCGCCUCUCUCUUGCAGCACCUGCAGUCGCGCACUGGCAACAGUAUUCUCGUCUAUCAGCGUCUGCAGUCCGGUGAAGAGAAUACAUUUAAUCGCGACGAGUUCCAGGCUCAAGACAUAAUCGUUGAGCCUGAGGCGCUGCCCAGCGAGAAUCAGUUCAAUUAAGUGUACUUAAAAGCCAUUUUAUGCGAAGUUGAAGCAGUCAAAAGUUUAAAAUUUUGUAAGGCCAAUUUUCUUUUAUAUUUUGUACUAAAAAAAAAGACUUGAUGCAAAACUUAAUCCGCCGUUCAAAUGCAAGAAGCAAACUAUUGAAAUUAUUAACAUUACGCGACUAUUAAUCAAUGCCAAGCCUUAGAACAGUUUUUAAAACAUUUUCGAAACCAGUUUGUAGUCAGUGAACGCGUUUUCGUUUUGUGCUCUGUGGUAGUUAAUAAUUCAUUUUAAAUUCAAUAAAUUUGUGUUAGGCGAAAGUGUCUAAAGUGAGGCAAUAUAUGUAAGAAAUUAAUCUAAUGUUUUCUGUCCUUUCUUUAGUCUUGCAAAUAAAGGUUCAGUGAUUAAAAGUCAAGUUUGUAAUUCAA